AAGCCAUUUGGUUCUUUUCUUAUUUUGACUCAACGAAGACCCAAAAACCAUGGGUAACUGUAAUGGCUUACCCACCUCCGUCCAAAACCGACUCCGCCCCGACGCCGCCGGCGGAGCUGGUGGUUCCGCCUCCCCACCAUAUCCACCAUCCAACGGCCUCAAUAUCCACCCCUCCCAGCCAUCACCACCGGUACCACCACAUCAAAAACCCACAUCCUCCUCUGCCGCCGUCCCCCGCCCGCUCUCCGGCGUCGGACGCGUCCUCGGCCGACCAAUGGAGGACAUCCGCUCCACCUACAUUUUCGGCCGCGAGCUCGGCCGCGGCCAAUUCGGCGUGACCUACCUCGUGACUCACAGAGUCACCAAAGAGGAAUUUGCUUGUAAGUCGAUCGCCACUCGCAAGCUCGUCAAUAAAGACGAUAUCGAGGACGUCCGGCGAGAGGUCCAGAUCAUGCACCAUCUCACCGGCCACCGCAACAUCGUCGAGUUAAAAGGCGCGUACGAGGAUCGCCACUCGGUCAAUUUGCUGAUGGAGCUUUGUGCCGGCGGUGAGCUGUUCGAUCGGAUCAUCGAGAAGGGACACUACUCCGAACGUGCCGCGGCUGAUCUGUGCCGCCAGAUGGUGACUGUUGUGCAUAACUGCCAUUCCAUGGGAGUAAUGCAUAGGGAUUUGAAGCCUGAGAAUUUCUUGCUCUUGAGCAGAGAUGAAAAUUCACCGUUAAAGGCCACUGAUUUUGGUCUUUCAGUGUUCUUCAAACCAGGAGAUGUAUUUAAAGACCUUGUUGGAAGUGCAUAUUAUGUAGCUCCUGAAGUACUCCGUCGAAAUUAUGGAGCUGAGGCUGAUGUUUGGAGUGCUGGGGUGAUCUUAUAUAUAUUGCUCAGUGGGGUCCCACCUUUCUGGGGAGAUAAUGAGCAGGGAAUCUUCAAUGCUGUUUUACGGGGACAUCUUGAAUUUUCAUCCGAUCCUUGGCCAUCCAUUUCUAGUAGUGCCAAAGACCUCGUUAAGAAAAUGCUAAGGGCUGAUCCCAAAGACAGGCUUUCUGCACUGGAAGUAUUAAAUCAUCCAUGGAUGAGAGAAGAUGGUGAUGCAUCUGAUAAACCCAUUGAUAUUGCUGUCUUGACUAGAAUGAAGCAGUUCCGGGCAAUGAACAAACUCAAAAAAGUGGCUCUAAAGGUAAUUGCAGAAAAUCUCUCUGAAGAAGAAAUCAUUGGCUUGAAGGAGAUGUUCAAAUCCAUGGACACGGAUAACAGUGGAACAAUUACUUAUGAAGAGUUGAAAGCUGGUCUUCCAAAACUGGGUACCAAGCUCUCUGAGUCAGAAGUGAGGCAGUUGAUGGAAGCGGCUGAUGUGGAUGGAGAUGGAACAAUUGAUUACAUUGAGUUUAUAACUGCGACUAUGCACAUGAAUCGAAUGGAAAGAGAGGACCACUUAUACACCGCCUUUGAAUAUUUUGACAAGGACAAGAGCGGGUACAUCACAAUGGAAGAAUUGGAGCAUGCCCUUAAGAAGUAUAAUAUGGGUGAUGAGAAAACCAUAAAAGAGAUCAUUGCAGAAGUUGACACAGACAAUGAUGGUAGAAUCAACUACGAUGAGUUUGUAGCCAUGAUGAGGAAAGGCAACCCGGAGUUGGUCACAAAUAGACGUCGCAAAUAGUAUCCAACAUGAUUCCCACAUUUUGCUGAGUCAGGCUCGUGAUUUGUUUCAACUCAGGAUCAAGUGGUGAUUGAGUUCACAACCAGUUCACCCACCUUGAAUCGCCGAAUAGUUCAGCUUUCUGGAAUGGAUUGUGUUUUUGCGUAAAUUUAAAUUUACGUUAUGCACAAAAAUGGCUAGAAUGCCCAAGGUUAGGUGGAUUUUUAGGUUGGUACUUUUUUCCACUCCCCCUCCUCCUCUUCUACUGGUCAGAACCUGAGAUGUUUGAGUGGCUAUAUAACCAAUAACCAUAUAUAAAUUAGGCUACAUUAAAGGUUGUGAGACUGAAAAUGCCAUUUUACCAAAUUGUCCUUCAGUAAGUAGUAAUCAAUAGAAAAUCAACAUGCUUACAUUUUGGUAUUGUGUCACUGUUGAAUGGAAGCUCCUUUUUCUUUAACCAAA